UAUAAGCGCGACGUUUACAAACGCCGCCCGAACGCGUUCCGAUAUAAUUUUACGUAAAUACGCAAAUUUUUUUUUUUAUUACAACAAUUUUUAAAAAUUCAACUAAGUUAUAUAACGUAAUUGUGUAUCAAUUUUUAAUUUAAUUUUCUCAUAAUGUUUUAUCGCCUGAAUUUAUUUCUGAUUGGACUUUUAUGCCGAAUUGCAUCCGUGUCCCCGAUCGAUGAAAUAGAAGCGGACGACGAGGUGCUGCAUUUGAUCGGCGAGCCGGACUUCCGCGACGUGCGAUUGCGCUGGGAGUACGGCAGCGAGGAACAGCGGCAGCUGCUCGCCUUUCAGGUGCACUACUGUGAACUGCAGGCCUGGGGACAGUACAGGUGUCGCACCAAAGUAGUAGAAAAUGAUGAAAGCGAAAAGGCGGGUCGCAGCCGGGCUGGCGACAUAUCAACGACAACGCCGAGCGGUCGUCGCGGGCGUGCGUACAGCGCUCACAUCUCCGGCCUGCGUAUGGCUACCACGUAUUCCUUCGAGGUCCGCCCUGUGAGGAGAGACGCACGCGACCUAGCGGACCCACAAUCUAUCGGGUCCAAGAUCAUCAUUGUACCUACUAAAGGAUUUUCAGCGCGUGCGACGCAAUGCCUGCCACACGCGAGCGAAGUAGAAGUAUCGACGGGGCCGUACUUCGGCGGGCGCAUAGCUGUAGAGGCGGCGGAUGGCGGGCCCGAGCGGUGCGCGCUGCAAGGAAACCCGCGCAGUGCACAGGACGCCUACAUCCUCAGGAUACACCACCGGGAGUGCGGCUCCGAAGUCAACGACACCACCGUCGCUACCUACGUCAUCGUUCAAGAGAAUCUUCCCAUAUUGACGCAUAGCACACGCCGAUUUUUGGUUUUAUGUACAUAUAAACCAGAAACUCUUACCGUCAGAGCUGGCAUUAAUUUACCUAAAGCCGACCCAGGGGACGUGCUGCAUCAGACAAAGCCAAUUGGCUCCGUGGAACCAUAUGACAACCAGGACAUGGACUACAAUGACCUUCAACCGGCCAGGCUUGAAGCGCGCAAGGAGGAAAGUCAACAAAGUGCAUUCGGCGAAGUGUUAUUAGUGAUGUUCUUGGUAGUCGCUGCGUUUGGUGGCAUUGCGCUAUUGAUAUGGAAGAUGGUACCACAGACGGACAAAGACAAUGUUUCUAUUACAACAAUGUCAUCGAUGCGCAGUAGUAUAUUCGGAAGACGGAACAGGGAUAGAUUUUCCGAUAGAAGUUCUGUAUACUCAAUAACAUUGUCAGAAAAAGAAGGAACGAAGAAAAGUAAUGAAGGAGAUAAUACGUCUGAGGCGUGAAUUUACUGAAUAAGAUUUAUUUAUUACUUGCACGUGUUGUGUUGUUUUAUAUUGUGAUGUAAGUCGGUCAAAGUAGCUUACGUAAAUUCUGGCGAAUUGAUAUUGUUGACGCCAGGAAUACCGUUAUAGGUGAAAGUCUCCUUUGAUCCUGGGUGUUGACCCAAAAGAUAUCAAUCAUCAAGUGACAAGAAAACUUAAAGCAAAACAUGCAAAAUUAUGCUUCAUUAUUUUUAUUUAAAUGUAAUCCUAGGAUGAUUCUCAUUUUUUUAGUUAUAUUCGAAUAUACGUAAAAACAGACAUAAUAUUUUGUGUGCUAAUUUGACUGGACUACUUUAUGGUUGAUAAAUAUAUUUUUUUAUAAGAGAAGGGGGCAAACGAGCAGCGGGAACACCAAGGUGUUC